CCCACAGCACGCGAAGGCAGCAUAAGUGGCGGUCCACAGGGUGUCAUGGCGUCGAAGGAGGCCGAGCUCCGACAACAUCACAUCGGUAACAUCAAAGUUUCGUCGACACUCCAUUCGUGAGGCUUUUUUCAUCGAACGAGUCCUGAAUAUUUAUGAGCUACGGGCGAGGACGUAGGCUGAUGUAAGAUGGAGAAGCCCGUCCUACAGACGCAGCCAUCCACCCUGCCCUUUUUCGACACGGCCCACGCCUUCAACCUUCUACGCGGGAUCCAUGAGCUCCGCGCCGAGAGGAAGUUCUUUGACGUGACUCUAUGCGCCGAGGGCCGAGAGUUCCACUGCCACCGCACGGUGCUGGCGGCGGCCAGCACCUACUUCCGGGCCAUGUUCGCCGGGACGCUGCGGGAGAGCGCUAUGGACAGGGUGGUUCUCUACGAGGUCUCGGCAGAGCUUUUGGGACUUCUUGUGGACUUCUGCUACACGGGACGGGUCACUGUCACACAGGACAACGUGGACCUGCUGCUGAAAACGGCGGAUCUGUUUCAGUUCCCGUCAGUCAAGGAGGCCUGCUGCGCUUUUCUGGAACAGCGUCUGGACGUUUCCAACUGCUUAGAAAUCCAGGACUUUGCCGAGGCCUACGCUUGCCGAGAGCUGGCAGCCAGCGCUCGCCGCUUCGUCCUCAAGAACCUGAUGGAUCUGGCCAAAGGGACAGACUUUGAGCGCCUGCCAUGGAAGCGCCUGCUAGAGUUUGUGUCUGACGACGAGCUGUGCGUGGACAAGGAGGAGACAGUUUAUCAGAUUGCCGUGCGCUGGGUGAAGGCUGACCUCCAGCGGCGGCUCCACUACUGGCCCGAGCUCCUCCAGCAGGUGCGGCUGCCUUUCGUCCGCAGGUUCUUCUUGUUGGCCCACGUGGAGAGCGACCCUCUGGUGUACCUGUCGCCCGCCUGCCUCCGCCUGGUGAACGAGGCCCGCAGUUUCCAGUCCUGCGAGUACGACCGCCAUGACCGGCCGUGCCGCCGCAUGCGCCCGCGGCCGUCCACUGGACUGGCCGAGAUCCUGGUGGUGGUGGGCGGCUGCGACAAGGACUGCGACGAGCUGGUCACCGUCGACUGUUUCAACCCACAGACGGGCCAGUGGCGCUACCUGGCCGAGUUCCCGGACCACCUGGGGGGAGGCUACAGCAUAGCGGCCCUUGGGAACGACAUGUAUGUCACCGGCGGAUCGGACGGCUCGCGCCUCUACGACGGCGUGUGGCGCUACAAGUCGAGCGUGAACGAGUGGACGGAGGUGUCGCCCAUGCUGAAGGCGCGCGAGUACCACAGCUCGUGUGUGCUGAAGGGCCAGCUGCACGUGGUGGCGUCGGACAGCACAGAGCGCUACGACCACACGCUGGACUGCUGGGAGGCGCUGCCGCCCAUGCUGCACGCCAUGGACAACUGCUCCACCACCACCUGUGGCGGCCGCCUCUACGCCAUCGGCUGCCUGGCUGGCGAGGACACCAUGGCCGUCCAGAGCUACGACCCGGAUAGCGAGCGCUGGUCCAUUGUCAACUGUGGGCAGCUGCCGCCGUGGUCCUUCACCCCGAAAACAGUGACCCUCAACGGCCUCAUCUUCUUCGUCAGGGAUGACCUGGCGGAGGUGGACGUCUAUAACCCUCAGAAGAACGAGUGGGACAAGAUCAGUCCGAUGAACCAGGUCCAUGUGGGAGGCAGCGUGGCGGCGCUGGGCGGAAAACUGUACGUGUCGGGUGGCUAUGACAACACGUUCGAGCUGUCGGAUGUGGUGGAGGCGUACGACCCGGCCACACGCGCCUGGAGCGUGGCGGGCCGCCUCCCCCAGCCCACCUUCUGGCACGGCAGCGUCAGCAUCUUCCGCCAGUUCAUGCCGCUGGUGUCCAGCGCCUUCCAGCCCGCCGAGGUCCCCGUCCCCGACGCCAUCCACCUGCACCGGCACCAGCGCCAGCAGGCCCUCCACAAUCUCAACAACAACCUCAACCAGAACCAGGAGGUCAACGCGGCGCUCUGAGGGUCGUGGACCUUUGACCUCAUCGCCAUGCUGAAACCCCAAGGAUGAAGGAUGAGCCUCUCGGGCCGCUGUCAUCCGUGUCUCUCCCUUUGCCUUCAUUUCCCACCGCCACUAGCCCAAAAUGCUAAUAGCAAGCUGACUGGUCUACGCCCGUGUCUCCAUUGGCGCUCCUAUGUUCUUACUAUGUGCGUUCAAGCACUGGCGGCACCCCCGGCCACGGGCACCUUCCACUCACAGCAGUCGCUAUCUCGGCUGAGUAGCGUAAGUGGAGGGGCUAAUGCUAAGUGGUGGCAAAGAACUAAGUAAGCAGGGUACCACAGGGGUGUCCAAAGUGUGUCUAAGAAUAACAACAAUUCCAAGAAUGUCAAAACACUACAGAAAUUGUCAUUUUAGAGGCAAAAGAGUUGACAUUUUUGUCAUUUUGUUUCUCUCUACUUACAUAUUUCUUGAGUGUCAACUUAUUGACAUUAUUUUCCUCCAUAUUACAAAGUCAUUCUCAUUAUUACAACAUUUGUCUCUUCAUUUUUGACUUUAUUCUUGCACAAUUACUGCUGGUCUGUCCGUUUCUUUUAUUGGGGCGGGGGAUUGUCAUUUUGGGUUAGUAUUUAAACUUUAUGCUACUUAUUGACAGUUACAACGUUAUUCUGAAUACAUCUACAUUCCAUGGACAGUUGACACCAUGGCUUCAUUGAAGUUUAGGACUGCUGGGUAGAAUAUUGAGCAGCACAACCAGCAGGGGGCGCUGUGGAAUGCUAAUCUACCUAUAAUGCUAAUUAUCUCUGCUAAUACUAACAGUCUAGUGUCUUUGUGUACCAGGGGGGUUGUUUUUUUACAAUGAAAUGAAAUGCAUGACUUAAACAAUGUAUUUAAGCAAGCGCAGAGUGAUGCAUUGACCUGGAAUGUAUAAAUGUGUCUGUCAGCCAUA